UAUAUCGCCCCGUCGUCCACUACCUCGUGACAAUGUUGGCCCAUCCACCAACCCGGACGGCAUUCAAAUUUCAAAUCCACUCACGCAGUCGCAGCUGCAUCCAGCGGAGGAACCAAGCCCUCCCCGUCCCCUCGCCUGGAUCAUCAGAUUUGUCAGAAAAUCACCAAUGGAUCUUGGUCCCGGGUCAUUCACCGAUCUCCUGUUCAGCUUUUCUUCCCAUCCUUUCCCAGCAGAAAUCGCCCCAGAUCUGAGCGAGCUAGAGGAAGAGGAGGCAGACGAGGAAGACGAGGAUGACGAGGUAGAGCAUCCUGAUUCCCAGAGCGACUCUCCUUCCUCAAGCCAAGAUGGCGAGAAGAAUAUGGCCACAGAUUUAGGAUCUCAUUCAGAUGGGGAUUUUAAGAACAAGGCCAUCCCCGAGUUUUUCAACGGCGCAGAUGGGGAUGCCAUCGAAGAGCAUGGAACUAAAGUGCAGCCCAAUCCAUCUCCAUGGCAUCAAAGGGUCCGACUUGGCAAGAUACCUGAUCGCCGUGCCACAUCGUCGGGCAGGGUCAGUGCUUUGGAGAAUUCAAUGAAGAAAUACGCAGAUAAGAAAUCAGAGUUCGUCGUCAAGCCAGAGAUCAGCCAGGAAUUUGAUUCCUUGGCCGAAGCCUACGACUUUUACAACCUAUACUCUUGGGAGAUUGGCUUUGGCAUCAAGUAUGGACAAUGCAGAAGGAAUGUUGAAAAAUGCAAGACUGCCCAGGACAUAGUUUGUGGAUGCGCGGGAAAACCACGCAGGGUGAAUUCCCACUCAGUAUGCUGCCAAUGCCCUGCAUUUAUAAGGUUGCAUCACACACCGGACCAUGGUUGGUUCAUCCAUGAUGUGAAGUAUGAGCAUAAUCACGGCAUGGCACAAAUUUGCGGAGAGAAGUUGCAUUGGGCAUCUCACAGGCACAUUGAUGCCCAUGCCAAAGAUAUUGUCAUGCACCUUAGGAACAACAACAUAUCGUUAAGCAAGACUUUCGGGGUGAUUGCAAGCUUUUUUGGAGAUAUGCAGAACUUGCCCUUUAACAAGAGGUCUCUACGUUACCUUUGCAAAAGGAUGAAUCAACAACAGGGUGAUGACGACAUUAGGAAGACAAUUCAGCUCUUCUCUGAAUUGAAAGAGAAAGAUCCAAAUUUUGUUGACAGUGUGCUUGUUGAUGAUGAGAGGAAGAUCAGGGCAUUGAUGUGGACAGAUGGUUAGAGCCGCCACCAGUACAAAAAUUUUGGAGAUGCAA